AUGAGCGUCAAUGAAGUCAAGUUGAAGAAAGCUCCCAUUAGCUUUCAAGUCAAAGGAACAGGACCUGCUACCAGCCGAACCUUUGUGAUUGGGGACGAAGAUCAUACCAUUGGCAACUCCGCGCGGCACAUUUUGAUGCAAGACGCUCGUGUGGCAUUUGCCGGAUACUCGGUACCUCAUCCCAGCGAACCGAUUAUGCACGUUCGGAUUCAAUGCAAAGCCGACAGCGGUUGCACGGCCAUGGACGCAUUGAAGGAUUCCUGUCAGACGCUACAUUCGCAGUGCGAUAUUGUCCUGCAACGGUUGGAAGAAUUGUUGCCCGAAGUCAAGGAAGAUCGAUUGCAGAUGGAAAAAAUCAUUUUGAAGGAUAACGAGUUUUUUGAAGAGCAAGAAGAAGAAGAGGAGGAUGAUGAAGAAAUAUUGGAAGAUCAAGAUGAAGAUGCAGAUGUAUACAUGGAGGAAUAG